GACGCACUAGUCAGAUGCCAGCAGAUCAUCCCGGGUGUCCUGGUGACACACACCGCUUCUCAUCUUGUGAACAGUUCUCCCUAAAAAUGGCUGAAUUUGACGCGGAUAUCAAAGAUGAAGAACUAUUUAAAACACUCAUAGCUUCACUCAGUGCUAACAGAUUCAUGACUCCCAAAAACAACGAAAAAAUUCUUCUCAAGAAGCUGCAGGGACUGGUUACAAACAUCAAAUGGAGUCCGGCGGAUGCAGCAGAAUUGUUAAAUGCUCUUCUGAAGCGAUUUGAGUUCACAACAAAGGACAGAUCGCAUCUCGUUUCAUGGAUGCUGAACACACUGCACUGUAUAGAGAUUAACUGCAUCACUCCUACUUGGAGAUGCCAAACAGGAAAGACACUUAUCGAGCUGGUCCAAGACAAAACUGUAACAGAUGAAGACCUCAAGACACGUAUAGCCAGUGACACAGAAAAGCAACUGGAUGAAAUUCUUGAAGAAAUCCGUCAAAAAAAGUUAAACCAAAUUGAAGAAAAACUGUUACGUGAUGUGAGAGACAUUGUUUCAUCAGUUGAUAAAGAUCUUACUUCAGGCAAUAAUGGAUCACGGCGGAGUCACCUGCAACAAGUCUUGCUGAAACUAUGUCGGGCAGCUGCCGAAACUCACUUCAGACCACGACUGACACAGAUGGUGAGCUGGUGCAUUAUGGCUCUUUCCAAAUCAGGACGGCUAAUACAGGUUGGCACUGGAGAGGGGAAGUCAUGUAUUGUGGCAAUGUUUGCCGCUUUCCGAGCUAUGGAAGGACAGAAGGUAGACAUUAUGUCCAGCUCAUCAGUUCUUGCAGAAAGAGAUCUGAAAGAAUGGCAAGAAUUUUAUGAAGAUUUGAACAUCAGUGUCAGCUGCAACACCAACAAACAAGAAACAGACUUAAAAAAGUGCUAUGAGUCACAGGUUGUCUACGGUACGGUGGAACAGUUUGCUGGGGACUGGCUUCGGCACCACUUUCACAGAGAAGACGUUCUUGGGCAAAGAAAAUUUGAAUGUGCAAUUGUGGAUGAAGUGGAUUCCUUGAUGCUAGACAAGGGUCUUCAUGUGGUCUAUCUAAGUACCUCUAUGCCUGCUCUGCAACACCUCAAUCCACUCUUGGCAUUCAUAUGGGCCACUGCUAAUCAGUACAGCGAGACUGACACAGAGUGCACACAGAGUGUACAAAGAGCUGUCGAAGCAAAAAUAAAAGAUGCCCUGUGUUAUACACCAUGUGAGCUGAGCCAAGACAAAUGUCGUGUCUAUGUCCCAGGCUUUCUUAAAAAUCUGGUUGAGUCUAAACUAAAGGUUUGGAUUGAAAAUGCAUUCUACGCACAAACGAUGACAAUGGGCCAUGAAUACAUCAUUGAGGAACACGGAGUAGUGCCUGUCGACUAUAGCUGCACAGGUGUUGUUGAAAACCACAUGAAAUGGACAGAUGGACUACAGCAGUUUCUUGAAAUGAAACACAUGAAGUCCAAGCUGAGUGACAUGACAGCCAUCACAAACUAUAUGUCCAGCGUUGGCUUACUUCAAAAGUAUGGCGAUCAGAUCUUUGGAAUCUCUGGGACUCUUGGCCAACAAGCUGAAACUGAGACUUUGCAGAAAAUCUACGAAGGAAUAAAGACCUGUCAGAUACCUUCAUUCAAACGCAGAAAGCUUUUUGAGGUAGAAGGUGUGAUUGUAGAUGAUGAAAAAGACUGGAUUGAGAAAAUCUGCAAAGUUGUGACUGCACAAACUAACCCUACUCUUUACAGGGAUGAAAGGGCUGUGUUGCUCAUCUGUGAGACCAUCAAUCGAGCUAAGAUUCUUUAUCGUGCUCUUGGAGAUAAAGUUACAAAGAAAAAUCUUUACAUAAAUAACAACAUGGACAAUACUGCAAUUUUUGCCAAGAAGGUUGAGGCAGGAGAGGUCAUUAUAGCUACAAAUCUUGCAGGCCGCGGGACAGACCUUCAGGUUUCUGAUCAGGUUAAGAAAGCUGGAGGUCUGUUCGUUGUGCAGACCUUCCUGCCAAAGAAUGCUCGUGUGGAGGCCCAGGCAUUUGGCCGCACAGCGAGACAAGGAUCUCCUGGGUCUGCUCAACUCAUUGUCUGCGCCAACCAUCUGUCAAAAUCAUUCAAAUUGCUGGCUUUAAUUGGCAAACUUCGAGCUUUUCUAGAAAAUAUGGUAAAUGACAUGCUAGUUCAUCUUUUUGUGGUGCAAUUUAGAUCUUACCAAAAAAGCCACAGCGAUGAAGUAUUUGAAUCUUUGGCUUCGACAGCAUUGCAUAUUUUGACAAAAACCUCUGAUUCAGAAAUGAAGACAAUUAAAGAUGCCAGAAAUGACAAUGUGAAAAAAGCACUAGCUAGCUACGAAGAGAGUGACAUCCCUAAAAUAAAGAAGAAGGAAGAACUCUUCAGUCACUAUCUGGACACACUAGAUGAAGUCUACAAAAGCAGUAACAACAGGCCAGCAGAUUCGGAUUUGUCUGCCCUGAAUGAAUUCUGGGGUAUGUGGCUACUCACAAACUUCAAUGAGAAUGAUUCUAUUAUGGUCUUAAAAGACAAACUAAGAGAAGACCUAAAAACAGCCAGGGAAAAACUCAAACAGAGGGAAUCACCCUCAUCAAACCUGCACCACUACACUGCAUUUGGCAAUGAUCUGCACCAAAAGGGACAAAUUGCAGAGAGUAUCAAUAUGUACACAAAGGCCAUACAGGAGGACCACUGUUGGGCGGCAAUUGCAUAUUACAACCGAGCUUUUGCAACUUUAUCUCAACAUGAGCAUCAUGAUUCAGUGUGCAUCAUUCAAGCUCAGGAAGAUUUGCAAAAUGCACUCAAGUCUGUUGAGCUCUACGUUGAACAAACUGAGGCAAUUUGCAGGUACACCACAGAAGUCAAUGACCUCCACAGCGAUUCAAUCAGCAGAUUUGACAUCCACAUGAUAGCCAAAUACCAAAUGCUGUUUAUGUUCAAGGCAAACAUAAAUGAGGCCAUAAAAACAGUUGACAGGGCAAUAGAUUUAGGUAGGAAUGUAAAAGUGAGUAAGUAUCAACUCUUCCUCCUGGUUCCACUGGUGUAUUUUGUGCCCCUCAUUUCGACCCAAUCACUGUCUCAAAUCUGGUCCAGAGACCCUCUGAAGGUGCUCAAACUCAUCAGUAAUCCCUCCUUUGACAUUUUCAAUGAACUUGAGUGUCUUAAAUCUCUGGGCCUGACUCAUGUCUAUACCUUAGACACACAGUUCUCUCUGGGUGGAUUUUUAGCAAAGAAACUCGGGAUCAGACGCUGAGCUCUUGAUGAGACAGCAGGCGUUUGACACUUGGGCAAAACAAUCAAGCAAGCAACAGAGCAGGCAAUGGUGUUGUCAGGAAAUUUUGUUAGCCACAGAUUUUCAGGAAUUAAGAAACGCAGCCCUGUUCAGGUUUGCUGCAUGGCUGGUUAUUAGUUAAUCUCUCUUGUUAUUCAAAGUUAUUUCAUCACUGUAUGUUUUGGGGAAAGUCCUAACCCUAACCAUGUAAUCAUAAUUUAACCAGUCAGA